GCCGGGCCGGGGGCUGCCGGGCGGCGCUUCGGGGCGGCAGCGGCCGGGGAUGAGCCCGGCGGCCGGCAAGGAGGGCGCCCGGCGGCGGCGGAGGCGCCGGGCGGCUGCGCCGGGAGCCAUGGCGGAGAGCAACGCGGACUGGAUGGGCUCGCUGCCGGCGGCGCUGCGCACCUGCCCGCUCUCCAACCUGGCCAUCCCAGGGUCACAUGAUUCGUUCAGCUACUGGGUUGAUGAGAAAUCUCCUGUGGGACCAGACCAAGCCACAGCCAUUAAACGCUUGGCCAAAAUUUCUUUGGUUAAAAAGAUUAUGAAGAAAUGGUCGGUGACGCAAAAUCUGACUUUCAAAGAGCAAUUAGAAGGUGGGAUCCGCUACUUCGAUCUUCGUGUAUCUUCCAAACCUGGGGAAAUAGGCCAUGAGAUCUACUUCAUACAUGGUUUGUUUGGCAUCAAAGUGUGGGAUGGACUGAUGGAGAUUAACACCUUUCUUGACCAGCACCCCAAGGAAGUCGUCUUCUUGGAUUUCAACCACUUCUAUGCCAUGGAUGAUGGCCAUCACUUCUUCUUGAUCAACAGGAUCCGCUCAGCAUUUGGAUCCAAACUUUGUUCCGUUGAGUGUGUAGAAUAUGUGACGUUACAGUACAUGUGGGAGAAGAAGCAUCAGGUUCUUAUUUUCUACCAUUACCCUUUGUGUCGGGAAUUUCCCUUUCUAUGGCCAGGGAAUAAAAUGCCAGCACCGUGGGCUAAUACAACCAACGUGCACAAACUCAUACAGUUCCUGGAGACCACUCUCGAAGAACGAAGUCGUUAUGGGACUUUUCAUGUUUCUCAAGCAAUUCUUACUCCUCGAGUGAAAACUAUUGCACGACAUCUAAUCCGUGGUCUGAAGAACACACUUGUUCAUAGGAACCUGCCCAUGAUUUUGAAUUGGGUGAAAGCACAGAAACCAGGUGUUAUGGGCGUGAACAUAAUUACAUCAGACUUUGUGGAGCUGGUUGACUUCGCUGCUACAGUUAUUGCAUUAAAUGACCUUCUUCUAGAAGAGGAUGAAUCUACAUCUAAAUCCUGAUGUGUCCCACUUAUACUCCUCUGUGAACAUCGUUGAGCUAUGCUAAACGUUUUACGUGAAACCUACUGUAAUCUCUAUUUCAAACGAAGUUUUGUAGAGGAGUUACGGUUAAAAAUCAUACACAGAAGGUUUUCUUCUCUGGGGCGGUGUGUGGAUCUGAGUGGAACACAGAGUACUGUCUGAGUGCUGCUUCAUGGCUUUUUGUGGCUACGUGUUUGACUAAGUUAUGCACACAUCUGCUGCAGUACAGAGUGUUGUCUGCCUGCCAACAAGAGGCUGGCCUCUGAAGCAGAUGUACCCGAUUAUUGUAUGUUUCCCUGGUGACUAGACUCACCGUGUCUUCCUGUAUGCAUCCUGCUUAUUUCUUAACUCAAGGACUCAAACCAAGGAUCCUUGCUGAUCCUUCUGUAGCAGUUUUACCAGGGCAGCCAAGACCUUUUCGUUCUUUGGCCACCUCAGGCAUAGCUGGUCUUGGCUGGAUGCUGCUGUUGUAUUCAUUACGCUGUUUUAGACACUACCUCUGACUGACUUGGAGGAAAAAAGAUGUGAUGUUGCUGUUCAGGGGGAAAUUGUUUUACACUGUGAAUAUCCUAACUGUCCUUUGGGCCUGAGAUGCAAAGGCUUGGCAUAUACUUCCUCUUUAGGCUCCAAACUCUCCUUCUGGACCUCUUUAUUUUACUUUUAAACAUGGUUGCAUUGAUGUAUUAAUGUGUAUUUCUUCUGGUAUUAAUUUGGAAAUCUGGACAAUAUUCAGUCCUCAGAUGAUGAGGAUCAUAACUCAGUCUGAAUUCAUGUUGAGGCAUAUCUGACUUUUCUUUCAUUUGCUGGUCACUUGUUAUUUCAUCCUUUGAGAUCUGUGGGGAUGUCUCUCACCCAGAUGCUCCUUAUGUGGACAGAUGUGGCAAAGUGGGUGUUUUUUGAAAACCAGAUUUGAUGGGGGACUGCUUAAAACCUAAAUAAUGAAUCUGAUAUUGGCCACGUACAGUGAAUUCUUAAAUCGGACCCAAAUGUUAUGCUUACAGUCAGAACCCACGCGGCUACAGGGGAAGAAUUUCCCCAGCCUUUGACCACUUGAGAGAAAUUGUAAGCAGUGCUCACGUGGGCGGGCAGGCAUCAGCUAACUCUUUGUAGUCAUACUCAGAUUUGUGUUGAUUCACAACAAAACGACCACAUGCUUGAGCUGAUGCAGUCAUAUGUUGGUACUUCUGAGCACUUAAUUGACCAGCUGACGGCAGCCCUACAGUCUGCUUAUAUUGGAUUUAAAAGAAAAAAGUGACCGGCUAACAGAUACUUCUUGAUCGUCUUCAUAAAGCAACUGUUGGUGUGAUAAUUGUUCAGUAGUUAUUAAGUUGUAUUAAUCUUUGAGCUAUUUAUAAGAGAAUGGAUUAUCAUUACAGAUGGUUUAUUCAAAAGAAAAACAACUCCCUGGAUUUAACCUGUUAUACUAUCCUGUGUGUGCCAUCAUGGUAUGACAGCACAAAAAUACAAAGCCAUCUUGCUUGUUUGUCACAACUCUGAACUCAGGACAAAUUUACGUAAGGGUUUGCAAACCUUCCACGUGAACCUUGGCCAAGUUCUGAGCAGACUGAGCUGAUUUUUCUGUUUGGUGCAGGGUUCACAUUAGUUCUUCACAUUUCCUUUAAACAGCAUCCUUUUUUUCCUGGGGAGGGUGGAGGGUAUGUCUUCCAGUCUUUCUCCUUUCCUCUUGUGUUUCAGCAAGGGGGGACAAGUCAUGCAGAGCAAUUUUUGGGAACUGAAGUUCUACUUUUGAAUAUAUAAUUUUGAAAACACCAACAGAGGAUUUGGAUUGUACCUUGUUGAUUGAACUGUUGGAGCUGAUUUUGAACAGUGCAGUUUGGUUUGCGAAGUUAACAUACCUGUGUUUUCUUCCAUAGCUGAAUCUUGUUCAUGUACUUCUUGCAUGGCCAAAACUGAAACUCCAUAAUAGUAUUAAAUGUACAGGUAGGGUUUCAGUGGUCUCUUAGCUACAAAUUGUCUUAGAGCUCAAACCUCAGAGCAACUUGCAUAGAAUGCCUCUGAGGCAGAAAUAAUAUAUUUGCAAAGUUUCCUGCAGGACAAGAUGAGAAGAUGAAAUAUGCAUGAUAUUUGCAUUUGACCCUGAAUAUAUUUUGUACUGUAUAUAUCUACCUCAAAAGAGAUCUAUUCAGGCUUAACAAAUAUUUAUAUUGUGUGUGCAGAGUAAUGACUGUGUUGUUAGUCCUUCUGUUCUAUUUAUUUGAGUAGAGAUGUGAUGAUUGUAACUCAGGGCUUUGGUUAGGUAUUUCUGAGUAUGAACUCAAGUUUCUUGAAUUCAAAUUUCCUUUAGAUAUUUGCUGCUCGCUCUUGCCUCAUGAAAUAGGACAAAGGGGUGCUAGGUGCUGAGAGUAUUACCAGAGGGACAAGAAAUGGAACUUAAGUUUAGGAUUAAUAGAGUAGGAGGAAGAACAGGUCUGUGAGUUUCUUCUGUCCGAAGAGAUUGCUGUUAAUGUGAUGUUAAUGCAGAUGUGCCUGUAAGUUCGAUGAAGAUGAAGACAGGCAUUAAUGCAGGAGAAGGCUAAGGGUUCCACGUGGCUGAUGCAGACCUUUGUCUGUUGCAUAUCAUCUUAGUCUUGCUUGUAUCUUCCUAAAGCAGUAGAAGUCACUUGUAAAUAGUUUAGGUGUAAAACCCUCCCAGGAGAAUUGUUCUGAGGACUCGAGGACUUGGUCUUUCUGUAGACAGUGGGAGAGGAAAAGCGGGUAAACUAGUAGCUACUUGAAGCAGAAUACUUGAAAUGUGUGUUCUUGAAUAAUUGUUCGUAUGGUUUCUUAUUACAGAUUCAGUUCACUUAAAUGCUGUUUGACUGUCACUUCUCUUCCUAAUGUGCAGUUGCUGAAUGCUGAGCUCUCUGGUGCUGUUGCUGUUCUCCUGGCAUGCCUGAAGCACAGCAGACUUGUGUAUAUAUCCUGAUGGGGAGCAGCAGGGAGGAGAGCGUUAGGAAGCAUAUGUGACUUGAUGUCUUACAGCAUGCUUGUAGGUGAAAACUAAGAGGAGUUGUAAAUAGGGUUUGCAGACUGUCAAUCUUGUAGCUCCUUUUUUUGGGAAACUACAGUUCUAUUAUAUUUAACAGUUGUGGAGCUGGGAAUUGUAUCUUUUCUUUUUUGGUGAACAAAACACAAAUUCCUGCUGUCCCAAGCUUCACCAGAGUUGAAGGGCUACCAGCUUGUAGGUGCUUUGCUGCAAUGGUGAAAAUCCCACUGGAAACAGUGCUGGCAAGGCACCUUUUGAGGUGCUGUGGUCAGUGACUGAUGUCAGACUGGAAGUGUUAGGAACAGAAACACUAAUUAUGAAAGGGCUAAGAAAAUGGUAUCUUUACUUCUGACAUUUGUUUUCUGCUGUGCUAGUACUGAAGUCAUUUCAUGGAGUUGAGAAGGCACCUUUGCUGUAAGGAUGAUGAAGCUUUUAGAGCAGGGAUUUUGGUUCGGAGUAGGGCAUUGUCCAAGAUACUUACCUAUUGUUCUGAUCUGUUAAGUCUUCAGAAAUAUUUUUUGUGCACCUGUCUUAGGUGUCACAGUUCAUUCUUGUAUAAUUAACAGGCCUGCAUUUAGAGCUUUACAGGACAUGACUGUUUUGGUUUAAAAUAGAUUACGCAUGCAAGUCAGUUGACAGAGCAUGUGUGACUUGAGGAUUACUUGAAUAUUUAAUAUUUAUUACAGAGUUAAUAUGCACUUUCAGUGAGACUUUCAGCAUAUCCUGAAUAAGUUCUUCUAUCAAAACUACUUCUUAGAACAAAACUUCAAGCUAAUUUUUCAGUGGUUGCUUUGAACACAGAUGGAUUGUCUGAUGUGGAGACCAGAACUAACCCAAAACUUAAUUAAAAAUUCAAACCAUGUCAAGGUGUAGUCCUUUUAGCAGUGAAAAAAGAUUUUUGCUUCUCUGGGUGUUGAAAAGAAAUAAAGGUCUACCACUUCUUCAGGUUAUAUCCAGUAGCCAGACCAUACACUGAAGAAAUAGUGGAGAUCCGCAGAGUGCUGCUGCUUGCAAGAGUCCCAGUUCAGUUUGCUUUGUGGUAGAAGUCCACAGUAUUUGAAUGGGCCUCCAUUUACUAGCUAAUUUACAAAUAGCUGCUUUUAAAAAGAAGGUUGUGAUUAGACCCAGAGACAUGUGCACUCGGGCAUUUCGUCAAAGCACACAAAUCUUGCUCAACUGAAAUGUUUGCAAACUCAGUUUGGCUUUGCUUGAAUAAAGACUUCAAAAGCUGCACUGCAGUAGUGAAAUUCUGCUCCUGCCAUCACUGGGAGGCUGAAGUGCAGUGCAGGGCUUGCACCUUUCCCAAGGCAAAGGAAGGGGUGGUGGUCAGAGACAUUGCCUAUGCCACCUGUGCAGCAAAGCAUGCUGAUGAGCUUUGUUCUGGCUCAGGUUCGUAGAACAGCCUGAGCAUGUGCUGAAGAGUGAGUAAAUUUUAUGCUAACAGUGUGUAUGUUGGGCUAAUUGGGGGUAAGAGCGUAGUGAUCUACUUGUCAUGAGUAGAUGUGUGAUAAUCCUAUUAGUCCUUUAGUUUAGGUUGUUUUUAAAUGUAAGGGAUCAAUUUAAUGCAGUCAGUCCCACUGAAUAUGUCAGUCUCAUCAAAGAAUUGUGUGCAUGUGUAUGCAUAUUUAUUUCUCUUCAAGGCUUUAAUCCUAUAAAGAAGAUUUAAGUCUUUAUUGUAGGGCCUGGAAUAGGAAUGUUAACCUAAUUGCUGGAUCUAAUGAUAUUUUGUGUUUCUGAACACUUCUGUAUGUUGUGUUGUUCAUUGAUACAGUGCUGCUCAUAUCCUUUGUAAACCUGUGACAAUUUCCUGUCCUGUAUAUCUUAAAUUGAACUGCAAUGUAUCCUUAAAAGUAAACUUUAUAUCAAAAUAUUUUCGAUGGUUCUUUAAUUUUGCUCAAUGUCAAAUGUGUUUUGCAAAUAGAUUUCUAGUUUCAUUUAUACCUUUGAAGGGGGAGUGGCGGGAGCCAGGUGAAGAAGAGUUACUAAUUUAUUUUUCUGUGCAGUGUCUCUUCUUUCUUUUGGCCAUCCAUGCUUUACCCAUCUGUACAAUUCAGUGUUGUGAUACCAGGAUGCCUCAUUUGAACUGCAGAUAAACUUGGAUUUGACAUCUGUUUCCUUCUGCUUUACUCUGCAUCUGUAUCAUUGGGGUUUUUAAUCCUGAAAAUUAAAAAAAAAAAGUGAGAAAAAUCAUUCUGUUGUGUGUUCUGUACUGUUGACUGUUUUAAUAAAUGAAAAUUACAUGGCUAGUUA